AUGGGUCGCAAGCUCUCCAUCGCCUGCGUCGCGUUCGUCCUGCUCUGCUGGCUGAGCGCCGUGCGCGACCUCGUCGCCCUGCACGCCGCGCCGCCGCCGCCGCCGGUGGCGACGGGUCCCGCCGUCACGCCCGCCUUCCGGCGCUUGGCGCUGCGCCACGCCUGGCGCGCGCCCGGCGACCUCGGCGGCGACUGCCGCCGCCGGCCCGUCGUCGCCAACGCCCACGCCGCCGGCCGGCCCUGCGACGUGAAGCGGUGGCACGCGGCGUCGCAGGGCCGCGAGGAUUUAGCGAUGAUCAGCCGCUACUUCUGCGGCAAGCGCAACGGCACCUUCGUCGAGCUCGGCGCCGUCGACGGCCUGCGCUAUUCCAACUCGUUGAUGCUCGAGCGCGCCCUCGGCUGGCGGGGGCUGCUCAUCGAGGGGCAGCCCGCGUCGGCGGCGAAACUGGCGGAGAACCGGGGCAGACGGAACGUCGUCCUCGCGGAGGCGGUCUGCCGCGAGGCGGGCACGGCGGAGUUCCUCGGCGCCGGCUACCGGCUCAAGGGCGGCCUCGCGGACCACCUGCGCGCGACGCGCGAGCAGGUGGCCAAGGCCGGCGGCAAGUGGCGGAACUGGGUGCCGUGCCGGCCCUUCGGCGCGAUGCUGCGCGCGGCGGGCUUCGGGCCGGAUCGCCCCGUCGACUUCGCGUCCGUGGACGUCGAGGGCGCGGAGCACGUCGUCGCGGAGACCAUGGACUUUGGCAUUCCCGUGCGAACGUGGCUCGUUGAGGCCCUGGAUCGGGAUCGGUCGGCGGAUUCGCGCGACGCCGAGAACGUGCGACGGGUGCGCGCCGCGCUGCUGGGCCACGGCUACCGCGAGGCGGCGCACUUCAACGUGACCCAAUUCUGCGACGAGGUCGCGGGCUUCGGGUUGCGCAGCAAGGAGCACCCGUGCACGACGAAUCUCGUCUUCGAGCGGCCGGACCUGGUCUGGGAUUUGGCGGCGGUCGACGCGGGCGACGCGCCGGCGCCGGACCUGGAGCGGCCCCUGGAGUGCUGCGGCUGCGAGGACCUGGCGCGGGCCAUCGCGGCGCGGGCCGACGAACGGGACCGGCGAGACGCCGCGGCGCGGGGCGCCGUCGCGAUGGAGGGAUCGCCGGUAACGUGA